ACAGAUCUCCAUGUUGAGGGUCCAGUCCUCAGCCUGCAGGCCGCCAUCCGUGGCCUUCUCUGGAAAAGACAACAGGAAGUAAACAAGCCUGCUGAUUGGACCAAGGAGGACACUAAGUAGUAGGAAGUUUCCCCGAGACGAGCGUAACAGUACAUGGUAGAGAGUCAGGGGAUCCAGAGACAUUAGCAGGAUGAGCAGGCUAUAUGAUACCGCAGAGCCCAGUUUGGUGGACGAGGAGCUGCUGCAGAAGGCAGUGGAGGAGCAAGGCCCUCAAGACCAGGCUGGGCAGAUUGCCAAGGAGGAGGGCAUCCAGUAUGAUGAAGUCUGCCAAUUGCGCCUAGACUACAAGAACAUCCUGAAGAUUGAUCACCUGUGGCAGUUCACAUCUCUGACCAAGCUACAACUGGACAAUAACAUCAUUGAGAAGAUUGAAGGACUGGGGUGCCUCACUAAUCUGAAAUGGCUAGAUCUGUCCUUCAAUAACAUUGAGGAGAUCGAGGGGUUGGAUUCUCUGGUGAAGCUGGAAGACUUUAGUCUCUACAACAACAGAAUCUCUGUCAUUGAGAACAUGGACACACUCCUAAACCUACACGUUCUCUCUAUUGGGAACAACUUCCUGGCUCAGUUGGAAAAUGUGAUCUACCUUAGAAAGUUCAAGAACCUGCGCACUCUCAACCUAGCUGGAAACCCCAUCUGCAAAGAGGACCGCUACAAGAUCUUUGUUGCUGCCUACCUUCCAGAGUUGGUUUACUUGGACUUCAGGCUAUUGGAUGAACAAACACGAGAGCAGGCGUUUGGAAAAUACCAGUAUGCCAUUAAGGAGAUGCGCCACAAUGAGGCCCAGGAGAGAAGGGCAAUGGAUGCUAGGCAAGAGCAAGAGGACGAGCUGCAGUUGCACAGGGAUGCCUUUGUGGAGCUCUUGAAUGGCCCAUAUCUGUUUGACAGCAUGUACGCAGAUGAUGCAGAGGCAGCCAAGCUGGCCUACCUCCCCGGAGUGUCUCUACUACUAGAGACUUUCGCCCAGUGCCGAGACUUAGAGAACCACCAUCACGAGAAGCUACUGGAAAUUGCUGUGGCAACCCUGGAGCGAGUGGCCAAGAAUGAGCUGGAGGAGGAUAUGCCUGAUGAUGUCCGAAUGCUGUUUGUAGACAAGGACACAGUGAUCAAUGCAGUCAGCGCCUCCCACGACACCCACCUGCUGAAGAUCGACAACCGUGAGGACGAGCUCAUGAUGCGCUGCAACAGCUGGAUGAGUGCUCUGAUGAAAUCGGUACAAGAUGAAGAGGUGAAGCGGAAUCGCAAGCACAUCUCAGAGAUUCACAACUAUAUUGACUACGUAAGGGAUCAUCUGGAUGAGAUGCAACAUGAGCACCAUUGAUUAAGAAGAGGGGAAAGGAAAUAUAGCAGAAGAAACCAUUCUAACACAGAUUCACAAGCCUCAGGCAUACAGCAAAUGCCCGUAUUUUCAAACUUACUUAUUUCCAUGAACCUGGGUUAUAUUGAAUUGUGUCAAAAUGAAGUUCAUUAUUUUAAUGAAUCCUCAGAGUUAUUUCCCUUGUGUUCAUUUCCAGAAACAGGCAGAAAUGUUUGUCUAUUCCUAACUGGUUCAUAUUUCAACACUCUAGGACAACUCUGCCAUCUACUGUGUGUGUGUUGUGUUUUGUGUGUGUGCGUGCGUGCGUGCGUGAGGGAGAGUUAUACACUGUUAUACACUGUUAUACACUGAUACACUGUUCUUGCAUAACCAUCAACACCCAACCAAAACCAUUCAACUAAACAUGUUCUUAUGUUUUGAUUAUAAUCGUUGUAUUCUACAAUACAUUUCAGAACGAAUAGAAAGUAGGGCCCAAAU